GAAAGAGUACAUAUUAAAGGAAGAAAAAAAGAGAAGAAUGCUUACAAUUUGAAUAAGACAUUCUUGAUUAAAGUUCAAAUUAAACUCAUCAAAAUCAUAUUUGUUUUGUUUCUAUAUAAAAAUCAGUCAGAUAAACAAAUGUUAAAUGGAAUCAAAAAUGUUGAUUUGUUCAAUUUCCAUGGAGAUUUGUUCAUUUAUACAAUUCUAAUCAAAGAUUAAAUGAUAGAAACACAGUGAUUACUACUUUUUUUUUGUAAAUAAAUUCAAUCAUUUAUCAUCAUUGUUGUAUGUAAAAAAAAUAUGUCAAAUUUAUCUGAAGAUAUAAGUAUAUCUAAACGACCAAGAAUAUUUCGUGGUAGAGGUGCUCAACAAAGAAGUGAUGUAAAAAAGAAAGCUAGAAGAAAUCAAAGUACAGGUGAUAUUAUUCAAAGUGCUAGAGAACCAACUAAAAUUGAAUCAAAAGAUGAAAAUGUAAAUCCCGGUAAAAAAGUUCGAAGAUGGUUACGUUUAUUAAAAAUGACUAGUAUUAGUGCUACAACUGCAAUAACAUUGGAUGGAUUAAGAACAGAGAAUAAUCAUUCUUAUAAUCAACAAACCAGUCAGAAUCAUCAUCCUCAUCAGUAUCAUCAUCAUCAUUAUUAUCCUGAUAAUUCUAAUUCACCUCCACAAGAAAUGCAAUCUUUUCUUGGCAACUUAGGUAUUGGAGCUUAUGUUGGUGAUGAAGAGAAUGCAUUUGUAAAUUCGGACAAUUCAGAAGAAGUAAAUGUUGACCAGUUAAAUAAAACAAAUAAACCUCUUUCUAAAUCAAUGAUAAAUUUAUCUUCAGUUAGUUUAUGGCCACCUAAACGUAAGACAAGUGAUCAAAUUAAUGAACCAGAAAUAUUGCUAAAUGAUGUCAAUCAACAUUGUAGCCGUUUAUCAUCCUCUCGUGUUAGUUGUCUAUCGAAUACUUCGUUGUCGUCACCUCAAUCAACAACAUCGUUUACGGGUUCGCAAAAGAAACCAUCUAUUUCAGAAAUCACAAACUCAUCAACAUUUGACAGUGGGAUGAAUCAAUUCAAUCAAACUGAAUUCUAUGAAUCAAUGCCUUUAAUACUUAAAACUGUGAUAAAUCAAACAUCCUUGUAUAAUAAUAUUCAUUCUAUGCAGCGUUAUAAUGUAAGUGAAGGAUUUGCCUCGAGUAAUUUAACACCGAAACUUUCAACAAGUACUAUUACUGCCACUAAUAGUCAUCAUCAAAGUGGUGAGAAUAUUACUGUCAAAAGAGCUAUUCAUUAUCCAGCUUGGAUGAUUAUUAGUGAUGAACAAUUACAAUUGGAUACAACUUAUUCAUUUUAUCGGAUAGCAGAUUAUUUAAAAGAGUUAUAUUUAGCUGAAUCUUGGUUAGAGAAUCUAUUAAUAUCUGAUAUUUUACCAAGUCGUAGUCAUUCACCAGUAAGACAACCAACUGAUUAUCGAUCACGUCGAGCACGUCUUGAAAAUAAUCCAAUAAUGUCGCAUAAAAUAUUAAAGCGAACAUGCAGUGAACAACGUUAUGAUGAAACACAAUUAAUUGGUGGUUUAUGGGAUAGACGAGAGAUGGAUCUUAUUCAAAAAUUAAUUCGUCGAGCAAUCUCUACAAUUGAAUUGAACAUAUCAUCUAGACAAAUAGACGAAAAGGAAUCGUCAUAUUUAGCAACAACAGCUACUACAACGACACUGAGUGCUAUAAUUUUUAGAAAUGCUUCAACUGAAAGGAAACUAGUACCAUGCAGAAGAAAGUCAAUAUUGACUUUUAUAGAAGCUAAUCAAAACAGAAUUCCCAUCUCUUUACGUUCAUUUAUUCCGGAUUGUGAGAAAAUCACAGGGAACAAUGAAAAUACUAAUAAAUUGAAAAAGAUUUACGCUGAAGAAAUUGUAAAUAUUGUUAAACUUCCUCGUUAUCCUGUUGAACAACAUUUAAAUUUAGAAACUAUACAUCAAUCACAAAAAUCUACCAUUUUUCUUUGUUCUGAUCAUCUUGUCUUAACACAAUGGCCAUUAGAUCCACAAUCAUUUGUAUGUAAUGGAGAUUUGGCGCAUAUUAUUCCAUUCUAUGAAUUAUGGUGUGAUUCGAUGAAACUUGAUGAAUUAUUAUGCAUACGAUCAUCAUCAAUAUAUGUGUCAAAAUCAUUAAAGCACCAUAAUAAAUUCAAUCCUAAUAGAAAAAAUUCCGAAAUUGACAAUGAUCAUUUAAGCAAAUAUAAUAUCUCUUCAUCAUCCGGCAUAUUAGAAGAAGAUGCUGAUCUAUUGAAUAGUCCUACUUUCAAUGAACAAUGUAAUCAGUUAAUUAAUGAUACAGAGAUAAUAAAAACAUCAAAAUCUUCUUAUUCAUCAAAUGAUAAUCAUACAUUUAAUAAUACUGAUAUGUUAUUACUAAUUGGGCAUCCACCAAUGGAAAAUUGGGCAAUCCGUUUUUCAAAUAAUAAUCUUUGUGAAAAAUGGCGACAUAUGAUCAAUGAAUCUAUUCGAAAAAGUCAACAAAUAUUCUAUGGGAAAUCGAUCAAUGUGAAGGUGAUCAAUCAGAUAAUUCCAAAUCAUCAAGUAAUAUAUAAAUAUCAUAAUAUUUCUGUUGAUAUGACAAUAGAUCAUUUAAAAGAUAAAUCAUUGGAAGGACUUAAUAUUAAUGUAAAUAAUACAAAAGCUGAUUUAUAUCUACGCUAUACUGAAUCAAAUGGAGAAGAACGUGAAAUACUUAUGUAUGGUCCAGAAAACCCAUUCUUGAUAGCACUCUCUAGUGUUCAACUGAAUACUACGGAUUCUUCAUUCAGUACUCCUAAAUCAGCAACAACUGUUUCUAACACUACCAGCAAUACUACUAAUAUAAAUAAUACCACCGGGAAUAAUAGUCCAGACAGUAAUACUAAUCACUAUAAGGAUAUAUUGGAUCUAAUAAAGAAAGUCUCUUUAUCACCACAAUCGGAGAAUAGAACAACUGAUCAUAACCAUAACAACGGUAAUGACUACAUUAUUUCAAGAGAUCAAAUUAAAAUUAGUUUUGUACUUCGUCCUGUAGACAAAUAUUAUUCAACUGAAGAUAAUCAACAUCAUUAUCAAAAUUAUCAAAAAGUUUCAACAAAAUCUGAUAUGAAAUCUACAGAAUAUGUGAGACAAGAACGUGGACGUUCCACAUCGAAAUCAUCUUCAGCAUCAGCAUCAAGAAAUCGUCGAAAUGAUAUGACACAGAACAAUAAUAUGAUGACUAAAUCCAGUAUAUUCUUAAACCAUAAUAAUACAAAUGUUAGCAAACAAAAUACUAGUACUAAUGUACCGUUGCGUGGUGCAAUUAGUACUAGUUCACUUCAAAUUGGUACAGCACAAGAAAUACAAUGUGGGCAAAUUUUUGGACGUCUACCUGAACAAUGUUGGCCUGAUUCUCAAUUACCGGAAUCUUUAGUGAAUCUAUUUGCUAUUGUAUAUUAUAAUGGGGUAAAUGUUGAAGGAAUAUUUCGACGUACAGCUGUUCAUAGUCAAAUUGAAUUGAUGAGAGCACGUGUAGAUGAAAAUAUUCAAAUGAUUACACCAAACAAUUGUAGUCCAAUUUUAGCAUCGUGUGUUUUAAAGAGGUUUUUCUGUGAAAUACCUGGUCAUUUAUUAAUCGACUCUCAUUGGGAUGAGUGGGCCAGUUUAACUGAAAUUAGUUCAGCAUCAGAACGUUUACAGGUUCUUGAAAGAUUGAUUCGUAAUCUUCCCAAAGUUAAUCAGACAUUAUUGGCCUUGCUAAUUUAUUUACUUGCACAUAUUCGUGAUAAUGAAGAAAUAAACCGUAUGUCAGCUAGAAAUUUGGCAGUUGUAUGGGGUCCAAAUUUAAUUCAACGACCAAAUUCUCCAUUAGCAUUAUCUGAUUCUAUGAUAACGACACAAAUUAUAACUUACCUGUUGGAACCGGCAGUAACAAAUUUCUUAUUAAGCACUAGCAAUGUUAAGAUGGAAUUGAAUCAACACUUUUCAAAUAUUUGGGGAAAUUUUCUAAAAGAUUCUAAUAAUAAGACAAAAGUUCAAAACACCACUACCACAUCAACAGCAACAACAAAUACUGACUCAUCAGAUGAUGAUAAAAUUUCUAAACAAGAUUAUGAUUUCCAUUCUGAAUGGAAAACAGCGAAACAACAUCCUUCACGAAGAGGAUAUUCUGUUUCAAAUAUACCACCACAGAUAAGUUCUCUGGAAGUGGACAAUUCAUUGAUGAAUGAAAAAUUAGGUAAUUCAUUAUUGAAAACAAGUGAACAACAUCAACAUACUGAACCGAUAGUAGUAAAUAAUUCUUCUUCUUUAAAUUCAUCAAUAAACAAUAAAUCUAAUCAUCAGUUAAACAUGGAAAACCCAUCACAGUCAUCAUUAAUGAAACGAAGAGGUGCUGGACGUAUGCAUAAAAAAAAACAUAGUUUUUUUAAUCAAUUAGCAUUACCUGAUCAAACAGGACCACCUAAUUCUACUGGUAAACUAAAUAAACAAACAAAUUGUUUAUCAUCAACAGAUUCGAUUGCAACAGAAUUAAAAAAUAUUAUACGAUCAAGAACUACAUCAAGCAUAGUAUUACCAUUAUCAUUUUCUGUAACAGCUACAACAACAACUUUAACAAAUCCAUCAUUAACUUCAACAGUAUCAGUAGAGAAACAAGAAUCUAUGAAAAAGACAACUCCUUCAACAACAACAACAUCAUCAUCAUUAUUAUCUAGGCGUUCAAGAAAUACAUCUUGUCCGCCGAGUACAAAUAAAGCAACAAUUUCUAAUGAUAAAUUUAGUAUUCCUUGCCCAUUGCCAAGAAAUCAAAUUUAUCUAGAAGCACCACCUGUCCCAUUAAGAGGUCAACAAUUAACACAUCAGGAUGUUCGAUCAAAACUUGCCAAUAAUAAUAAUAAUAAUAAUAUGAAUCUGCCAAAGAAUAAUUCUAAUCACUCAAAACUAAUCAGUCAUAAUAAUAAUAACAAUAAUAAUAAUAAUAUUAAUAAUAGUAAUAAUAGUAAUAAUCGAUUACAUGACGAAACAAGAAUGCCGACUCCCACUCCUAGUACUCCUACUACUACAUCGCCUAUAUCACGACAACAAAAACCAUUUCAUCGUAGAUUUCGGUCACAGACAUCGACCAUUGAAAUACCAGAUGUUACUUUACUGCAUACUGAUACAUAUAGAAUGCGACAAAGCAAACUGAGUUCUACUGCUACUACUACUAAUAAUAAUAAUAGUAAUGGUAAUAAUAUUACUUAUAAAAGACAACUUUCCAUGGACUGUCCAUUUAAUUAUACUCAAUCAUUUUAUGAACCAUUCGAAAAUGAUCCAUCAGUAAGUAGUCAUGCUACUACUACUACUACUAAUAGUGGUAGUAGUAAAACAAAUGAGUCUACUGCACCAAUUAAAAUUAUUUCAGUAUCGUCUAGUAGCAAAGAGAGUGUUCCAUUGAAACCUCACAAAAAAUCAUCAUCUAACCAUAGUACUAAUGAUUACGCUAUCAAUAAUGGUAAUAAUCAUACGACAAAAUCCAGUAAAUCAAUCCAUUCGUCUACUGAUCACCGAUCACGUAAUAAUAAUAAUAAUACUAAUAACAAUACCAAUAACAAUAUAAAUACUAAUAAUAGUAGUAUGCCACGAUCAGAAAGUGAUAUGAGUAUGAUUUCAACAGAUUCUUCAUUAUUAUCCUUUUCAUCCAAUUCAUCAUCAUCUUCAUUACGUAAACAUAAUAAUAAAAUAAAGGACGAUACAACCGAUAUUACCACAGGAAUUCCAUGUCCAGUUGUACAUCGUCCAGAAUUUAAUACAGCCGGUUAUAUUACUAAUACAAAACGUAAAUUUAGCCAGAAUACAAUACAAAAAUCCAAUUCACCUCAAUCAAUUAAUGAUUAUAAACAAAUGAAUAAAUCCACAUGUAAACAUCCAUUAUCAUCUCAACCAUUUAUUACACCAUUACAUUCAACAACAACAUCUUCAUCAUCAUCAUUUUCAUCAUCACCAUCACCGACAUCAUUUAGUAGUUCAGAUAUUGGUUAUGUUACAUCACAUCAUGAAAAUUUAGAAAAUAUUAUUCAUGAAAAUAAUUCUAAAAUAUUAAUUAAUUGUGUAAAUGAUGAAAAUCGUAGUAGUGGUACCGCAGUUAGUCGAAUGAGUUCACAUGCUUCAACUAUAUCAAGUGGUUCAGUGACAGUGAUUUCAACAUCAACAGAAAAAUAAUUAUCAUAUUAUUUCAAGUAGUUUAUUCUUCUUCCUUUUUUUUCGUUGUUUUCUUUCUAUGUAUCGUUCCUUCCUAUACCCUAUAUCAUUUUAGACAUAAAACACAAUUCAUUUGGAAUUACAUAACUGUAAUAUGAUAUAUAUGAAUUAUUUGUAUGAAUAUAAGAUGAUCAUCAAUCUACGCUUAUUGUCAUUCACAUUUGAUUGAAUUAGAAACUGGGUUUCUUUUUAAAAAACAAAAAGAGUACAAUAUGAAAUAGAAUAUUUCAUAUAACAAUAUUAACCAUUCAUGUAUAUACGUACAGUAUACAUGAAUACAUUCCACCAGUGAUGUAUAUCCAUAUAGUAAAGAGAGAGUGAGAGAGAGAGAGAGAGCGAAAAGGAGAAAGAGAGACAAUAUUCUCUUACUUUUAACAUUAAACAUUCCUUUGUUUCCUUUUAUUUCAUUUCAAUUAGCAAAGAUAGACAAUAAUUAAUUAAUUUUAUUCAUUACGAUAUCCAUAUUGAUCAAUCAAUCAAUCAAUCAAUCA